AUGGCUGAGACGUUGCAGCUGGUGCUCGAAUCUACCAGCCACCUGGAGGUGGCACGAGUUUUCCACAUCGUUUCCAAUGACGACCACGUCUUGGCCAGGCUGCACGUCUCUGCGGCUUCUCUUUGGCAACCAAGGCAAGAGCUGGAGCCAAAGGAACUCAGCCGACUGAUCCGAAGGCUGACGCUCCUGACCUUGUUGACGUGGACCGCGCUGCUGGUGAGCGCGUUUGGCUCGCUGUUCGCCAAAACGGCGAUGACGGUGCGUCAAGCCUGGUGCAGGAUGCCAUGGGGCGUUAUUAUCGUCCUCGGGGGCGUCCAGGUUGCCACCAGGCUCGUUGAGGAGUACGACUUGCUGCCCCAGCUAUUCAAGAUGUUCAAGCCGACUUUCUGGACAGCGCGGUCGCACAUCGAGGUGCAGGCUAUUCUGGCCACCAUCUCCUCCAUGCUGGCCGAGGCCACCAACAACCGGACGCUCAGCGUGCUCAUGAUGCCCAUCGUGCAGGACAUCGCGGAGACCAAGAACGUGUACCCGAUGUACUACGCCAUCCCGGUGGUUGUGGGCGCGUCCAGCAACGUCAUCAUGCCCGUCUCAAUCCCCAUGGUGGUCAUGCACGACGUAGGACGUGUGCCCUUCGUCAGACUCUUGGUGCUGGGCAUAGUGCUCAAGAUGGUGCUCGUCGGCGUGGUCCUGCUCACAGUAAACGCCAUCGGCCGGACCCUCUACGACUGGGGCAACCAGCACGUCGUUCCCGACGCCUGACAAAAGAAGACAAUGAUUUUUUUUGCAUACAUUAUGACCCCUGCGUGCAUAGACUCGAACGCCUGUAUAGGCCUUGGCGGCAAGCAUGUAAUGACGUUAUUGCGCUUUUUUCUGUCGUGCCUGUGAAUACUGGUGUCGUCCCUGCACGUUCUCGAUUAUAGAAACUGCAUCGCAUUAAAUUGGGCUACUUCGUUCCAUCAGGUUAUGCUACGCUUUCCGUGAUCUUAUCGUCAGCGCAACAAAUCUAGAUGAACUUCGCCAGCUCGCCAGUCAAACAUUCAUGGCCACUCUGGCAACGGCUCGUGAAAACACCGGU